UUUCCCUUUCUUUCAUAUUUGGCACAGGAGUCUAUUGUGCAAGCUGCUUCGCAAAUAAGAAAAUUGCAGAAGCUGUAUUGAUUUUGGAUGAGAAUGAUAAUCCUCCAAUGCAUGGACAAGGUAUGUUCUCUAUUUUGCAUAAUUCCCGGGCUAACUUUUUUGUUGCUCUUGUCGAGGGACUAAUGAGAGGGGACUAGUAAAAUGCCUGUCUAUUCUAGCUAUAAUAAUAGCAAUCGAAGGAAAAUGAAAGCAGUGAAAAAGUUGUAAGUUGUAUAGCUUAAGUUAAGGAUUUGGACCUGGCUCUUCUGUAGGAUUCCUGUUGUAAUGCAAGCUAACAAAAAUGUCAUUGAGUUACAUGUAUCUGGUCUUAAUGCCAAAAUGUUUGAACAAAAGAUUUGGCGUGGACAAGGAGCUCCCAUUACCUCAACUGCAGUACAGUUGUUUUCUUCUUAAAUUUUGCUGGGCCUUCAAAAACCUUCAUUGUGAUUUGUUUUCUAAUGCUUUAACUAGGUAAAACAUUUUUUGGUUGAGUAUUAGAUCACAUUUGCUUUGCUGAAUGUAGAUGGACUGCAUUCCUCUGUACACUAUCUUUGUAAGGGACUAAUCAUUGUAACUGUGCCAAUUGUGAUGGAUUUGAAAGAAGAAUGGCUCUUUCUUGCUUGCAGUGUAUUUUGAUGAGUCAAAAUUGUUUGUCAUGAAAAAUGCACAGUAAGAAGUUUCCCUUCACCCUUUACACCCUCACAUCAGUAUGCAUAUUCUCCAUACUAUGCUCCAGACAUUUUGACAUGGAGAAUUUGUUUUAAAAUCAAGUUAGAGCUUCUUAAGUUGGUAAUUGUUUCCUUUGUUCUCAUGACCUUAAUUAGUGAUCCAGCAGUGAUAUUGUUGGGAGAAAUUAGAUGUGAGAAGCUCUCAGGGAUUUAAGAGAUAAAGGUUCAUUCAUUCUUUCUAUAGAUGUUGAUGAUGAUACACUUUAUGUGUGGGGAGAGAAUGGCGGCUACAGAGCUUUACUGAAACCAAGUAGGAAAAUGCACAAAGUUUUUCCCUAAGUUCUCUUUAUAAGGAAUACAAUUUCAAAAGGUGUGCCGAAUGGCAAUUGUGUAGAUUGAGCAGCUCAUAUAAAUGCAAGAAACAAUAAAGAGUGACAGGUUUUUACCCAAAAUGAACAGGUAUCUUUAAAUUGUCUUUGCUGCAAAGCUUUUAGUCUUCCUCUUUCUUAUCAGCUGACAUUUGCCAACCAACAGCUUGGCUUAGUGCUUUGUGAAGGUUAGAUCUAAUAAAGGAAAAAUAGCUUAAAUUUAGGAUAGAGUACUUUAAGAAUAUAGGCUGUUCUUGCUCACAGCUCCUCAACAGUGUGACUUGAUGUAGACUUCUAUCAUCUAGUUGGCAAGGGAGGUGAAAUUUGAUUUUUUAUGACUAACUUUUACAGGUGAAGGACAAGGACAUUGUUUCCUUAAACUAAUACAGAAUAAAGGUAGAGUAGUAGCCAGAGCAGAGUUUGGAGACUUGGAUCAAAAAGGUGGACAAGAUAUUGAUGAUCAGCAAAACUCAAAUCCACAGCAAGGUACAGUGUACUUGUUGUAGUUUUUGGUGAAUGAUUCUGGUCAAUUAACAAUUGGUUCAUACGUUCGCGUGCGUUCAUCGAGAUAUGAAGCACGCGGGAAAUUUGGAGAGCACGAAAGAUGCGUAAGAGUUGCUCGAGGCGUAGCCGAGAGCAACUCUAGCUUCUUGAGUGCUCUCUAAACUUCCCAAGUGCUUCAUAUCUCGAUGAACGCACAGAUGACGUAUGAACCAAUUGUUUUAUAACCUUUUCAACCGGAAGGAAAAUUUUUUUUUCGCGAGGAAUUUGUUUGCUGACGUCAUGGGAGUGCACAAUAGGAAUAUGAAGCACGCUCGCGCAAUUAAAUUUGAUUAGACAAAGUUACUAGCUAUGUUAUAAAAUGAUUUCAAUCAGUUUGGUGUGUAUCUUUCUUUGUGUAAGGAUUAUGGUAAUGUACUUAGAACAAAGGAAUUAGAAACGAUUUAAACCAAUCUGAAAUCAUUUUGACCUGAAAUUUAUAUUGAAUUACACUGCAGUGACUCUAUUUAGUAUAUUUAGUGUAUUCUUUAUUUGCGCUGUGAAAAUAAUUAUGCCUUGAGAAAGGGCAAUACAUUUUAUGCAGUGCAAGGUGCGUGAGUCAGCCUGGCAUUGGGUAACUUAAUUGUCGUAAAAUAAUAAAUAAAAAAUAGACAAGUUUACAGUUUAUUUAGCCCUUUUUGCAAGACUGUUAGGCUUUACAUUAUAAAAGAGAGAGAAAAAAAUAUUUCAAAUAAACAUAAAUAAGUGCUGGUUAUUGGCAAUACACAGCACAGCCGAGGAGUUGAACUCGAGCACCGAGAACAAAUCCAGUGAGAAGUAGAGAAGAGGAAUUGAACCCUGGACCAUCAGAUUACAGGUCCAGCAUGUUAACCAUUUGGCCACUCCGCCUCCAUUGAUUUGCUUUGGAGUCAGUUCGCUGUAAGUAGAUAAAGCUCAAUUUUCAAUAACAGUGUCAUAAAUCUGUUAUUGUUUGAUAGGUCCGUCCUUUGGUGGCAGUGGUGAAAACUCGUCAUUUUCUUCCCCUGGGACUAGUCGGGAUUUAGGAUGUAGCAAUGAUGGAAGCAGAGAGGAUGGAGCUGGAGAUCAUAAAAAUACGAGGGAGAAGCGUAAAUCUGAUUCAGUAAACAAAGAUGACAGUGGUACGGGUUUCCCUACGAUCAUUCUGAUGACUGGCAAUUUAAAAGCUUACUUCACAAUUAUCUUUAGUUGUUUCUGAUUGAAACAAUUACUCCUCAUCGGUAACACUUUAUUCCACUCUAACUUUGCUCGCCUUAAAUAAGUCAAAGUUAUUUACAAGCUAACGCUCUCAGCGAGGGAAUUAUCGAGAUUUAUCUGCACGAGUUCACAAACAAUGAGCCAGAAAUUUGCCGAGUGCGGUAUUGAAAAUUUUGAGUUCAUUGUUUGUGAAAGAGUACAGGAAAAUCCCGAUAAUUAACGAGCUAUGAGUACGUGGACAUUUUUAUCAUUCAAAUUGAAUGCACUGCACAAAGAAACACUGCAUUGAAACCACUAUAAACUUGAUAAACUAGACAAAAUGUUGAUUUUAAAUUUAAUACGUCUCAAAGUUGAUACAAAAUUGGUACAAAAAUAUAUCCGUAAAUACAUGAACAUACUAAUUAAAUGAAUACUGGAUGACUUUAAAAGUGCAUCCUCAAUAUGAGAAUCAAUGUUUGCAUCUGACAAAUUGUCAACGUUUGGGUCAGCCGAAGCCAUAGGCUAAGCAGAAAAACCGGAAUUCGUGCCUUGUAAGAGUUGAAUAACCUGCGAGCAGCCCUCGUUAUUGGCGCUGCGGCCCGAGCGUUUCUUCGUCCGUGGGAAAAUACGAAGCCUGUCCUUGAGGAACACGAGUCGGUGAGAGGUAGCACUCAUAAUUAGUGCCAGACCCCCGGCAAACCUCACCCAUAUUCGUCUCAGAUCUUCCCAGGGGCGGAGAAACGCGCCUCUUGCAGCGCUACGAUGAUUAUAAGGAGCUGCUCGAAAUAAAAAAUAUUCAGAAGAAGGUAGAGAUACAGAGGUAGCGAUGUGUGUUUUCUGACUUUCAGAAAAAGAAAGAGAAGGACUUACUAUAAUGCGUAAUCUUUGCGUAUCUUGACCACAAGGUUUCCUUUAAAAAAUAAUUUUGCCAGCAGGGUGGAAUUCUUUAUUAUUCCAGGUACCAUUCAUUAACAUUGAGAGGGAAAGGACUCUCUUAGUCAAGCAAUGAUUUUUUUUCUUGCAGAUUGUGCCUCCUUCACAUCAAGUUACAGGGAAGACGCAAGAAAAGAAAACACUCUAAAACACUCAGUGGAUCAGUACUCAUCUGCUCAAGGUCUGCAUUUGGAAUUUUCAAUCUGUUGAUUAUAACCAAAGUGAAGGGGCUUUAUCUAAAGAAACAAAGUAUAUCAUGUCAGAUUAUUUUUCAAAAUUACUUUUUUUCCCAAAAAAUUAUUACAAGUGGGAGUAGUCUAGAUCCAGGAUUUAGCAACAAUGGGAGCAAAAAGCUUAGAGCUGGAGAUGACACAAGUGAGAGGGAGAAGCGUAGAUCUGAUUUAAUAUGCAAAGAUAACGAUGGUCAGGGCCCCUUCCAAUCUUACAAUCAUUCUGAUGACCGGAAAUUUAGAAGCUUACUACACAGACCGCAAAGAAUACAGAAAAAAUAUUUGGGAAAUAUGGCAAAAACUUAUUGGAAUUUUUAGGAGGUGAUGCUUCGUUUACAAAACAAGACUGACCCGAUUCUAUUUUGCAAUCAUUUAAGCGGCUAGUUUAGCCAAGUUUUAGGCGACUUAAGCGCAUUUCGAUUGUCCACAGAAUCGGAAAUGCUAAAGAAGGGAAUGAAUGGAAAGAAUUGUGGAAUAUCAGUUUGGAUUGCCUAUAGGCGAACUGGAAAAACAUUGGCUGAACUUGUUUCAUCUCAACUCAAGUAGAAGCGUCAUUCUCAAUGUUCAGGAAUCAUCAAUAUGGUUGUUAAUCGACCAGGAGUUUGCCCAAAGAUUGAUUGAAACGUAGAAGUAUUUAAAUACCAUUAUAGGCUCAUUGAAAUGCAGUUCAUUUUGAUACUUUUUUCUUGUUGGUUGAAAAUAGUAUUUUUUUUUCUCACAGUGUCACGGUGCAAAUCAAUGUUUACCGAAGAGCAAAUCAACUACUUCAAGCUUUGCUUCAUUGUCACUGAUGAAUUAGCUGAAGGCCUGCGGGAAAUCUUUAAACGAGAAUGGGACAAUCGCUACAAGGCAACCCUGGGAGAAUGGAAAGAUGAACCGAAAAAUGGAAUGGACUUUUGGAGCGGAGAAUCGGAUCGAAAUAGAAGCAGAAACGCCCAUUUCUUGAGAGUUAUAAAAAAGGGUAACAGAGCUGAAUGGGAUUGUACCAUGCUGUUUUAUGCAAUCCUUUUUUCCGAUUGCAUCCACAGUCUCAGUCCAGCUGUUCAAUCAAAUGUGAAUAAUCUCAGAAAACUUCGUAAUGAAGAAUUUGCGCAUAUAGCACGAGGCCACCUUUCCAGCUUACAUUUUAAAAAUGUGGUUUCAAAUAUAAGUACUGCAUUUCACGCACUCAAUCUUCCCACUCAAAAUAUCCGUGAAAUCAUAAAUACGACAACUUUCCCAUCGGAAGAGUUAAGACAGGUUCUGACGAAAAUUGACAUCUUACAGGACGAAGUCUCCCAUCACUAAUCUGGAGUAGGUAUAAUCACACCACCUCAAAGCACUCCGGAAAAAGUGCAAACAUUGACAGCUGAAGCACCUUGUACUUAUCUGGAAAUCCUGGAAGUGUAGAAUCUCAGCAGGCCUGUCUAACAGCUAGACGAUUCAGAAAGAUGUUUUUUCGUCUUGUCAUGAGCGUGGCAUAAAGAAAAAUUCUGAGUCCUUCCUAGGCGAUUCUUCGACGAAGGCGAAGAAACUCCCCCUGCCAUUCCAUUUGUCGUGACGCUCAAUGCAGAGAUUCAAAAACAGUUUUAGAAUCGCAUGUCUCUUUCGCUCGACAAUGUAGACGUCCAAAUUAUUCAGUUACAGACGCUCAUAAUUGCAAAGAUCUGAGCGCAGACAAGAAAAUUGGAAGUCUCAUGACGCUAACAAGCGCAAAAAUUGGUUGCUGGUAGUUGAUAAUGUUACUAGAUUGUCUCAUGUACAUACUUAUCAGCCAGGUCCAGGAAACCAACAAUGGGUGAGGGGCCAAUUGCUGAUAACAACACAAGACACCACGUCUAUUCCUUUGACAAGCUCCUCAAUUCAGCUCAUAUCAGUAAGCGAAGGGAUGCUUCCUAAUCACGCCAGCUCUUUGUUGAGGCUUUUUCCUGGUGUCACUGAUGACGAGACGGAAAAAGAAGUUGCACAGUCUUUGGACUACCAGCAGCUUGCUUUGGCCAGCACAGCUAUCCAUGUAAGAGAGGUUCGAAAAGGUAAGAUGGCUUCAAAUUUCGGCUUGACCGACUAUCUGAAGAAACUUGGAAAAGGGCAGUGAGGUAAAACAGAAAAUUCUUGCCGAGACAAACCCAAGUUACCCCAAAACAAUGAUCAAAGCAAUGACACUCGCCGUGGAAGAGGAACGCUACUGAUCAGAAAACCUAAUGCGGAUCAUCCCAAAGGAACGCACCCUUAAUAAUAGGUUUUUGUACAUUUCGCAAGCUAGGCUUGUUAAGUGUAGUCCAUUAAAUUGUAAUUGAGAAUUUUGACAUUGACACCAUUAGAUAAUUUAAAGCAUAGUCGCAAGGAUUACGUUCAACAACAUUUAGAGAGUUUGAGCAAAAGAGUUAAUCGCGCCUUUACUUAAGUCGCCUAUAAGGCAAUCUUUCAGCCCUGAACGAUGUAAAGCCAAUGUACGUAAUGACGAGCUACUAUGUCACAACUAUCUAAGCUUGUAACGUAGUUGUAUUAAGUACAUGAUAAGAAAACAUCACGCAUGAUCGUUGAAAAAGUUACCUGUAAAUGUUUUCGAUGAAUUUUAGAACUUUUCGUAGGAUGGUUUUCUUUUCGUUACUUUUAUAACAUGUGAUCAUAUAGCACUGCAAAGGGAUUUUUCGUUUGGAUUUUUUCCCAUUAUUUUUUAGUCCUAUUGAGAUAAAACCCAACAAAAGCCUAACUCUUAUGGCAAUCCUCUACACAAGAAAUUAAAACCAAAGUUAACUUUUAAUCCUAGAUUAACAUUUUACCCUAUUUUGAGUAGUAGUAAAUAUCAAAGGGAACAUGCUCAGAGUCAUAUGUCUGGACUUACAAUUUCAUAUAACUAACUGCUAUAAAAAGCUAAUUACAAACUAUUUACGAAUGUAUGAAUAACAAUAAGAUAAAAUUGAAGAAGCAUCUGUUUACAAAACAGCGUUUAUGACGUUCAGUUCUGACAUGUGUAUAACCCAGCUCUGAGGUAAAUCAGAUACACUGUGAUAAGCUACUUGCUAACCUUGCUUUCCCAGGGCCUACUGGGGAAAAAUUAGCCAUCGAUCAUUUUUUGUAUGGACCUUGCUAACCUGGGCCGUUAUUCCACCACAUUCAACCAGUUCAGCUCUCACACUUCAUAAGUAAGAAAUUGUAAUAGGGAUUAUCCAAGUUUGAUAGCUUAAAAUUUAGGUAAUCCUUCCACAAUUCAUCAUCUCAGGUCAUGAAUGAGAUGUGGAAUCUGCAUACAGUUUGAGAUUUUUUCUUACAAUCUUGUUAGUCUGAUGUUUUUAUCAAUGGAAAAGGCAAUCUUAUUGCUCUGCAAAUAGUAUACUUUAUGGCCAUUCAUUUGGGCUAAGUAGCAUUUCAGUAUAAAAUAUACAUGUAUUAUUUUGAAGCUUGGAUUUAUAGUUUCUUUAAGAAACAGCAGUUUUCUGAUAAAGCAAAAU